GUGACAACACAAUCAAGUCGGGUCUUCUCCGACAGCCAAAUGCAAAUCACUCAUACAAUUUGACCCGCCACCACCAUAGCCUAGCCUAGCCUAGUCAAGGGCACACACACACACAUACUCUUUACUCUUCAUUCCAAUCUCCCAUAGUCUCCCAUGAAACGUAAUCAGCUCUCCGAAUGCGGCGGUUGCGGCGCCCCGGACCGGUUCUUCCUCCACAACCUCCGCCACAGGGCCACCUACCGACGCCUCUGCACCAACUGCGUCCUCAAGAACCACCAGGGUCUUUUUUGCCCCAUUUGCCUCGAAGUCUUCAACGAGCCCCCUCCCCCUCACCAACGCCUCAUCUGCCUCAAAUGCCCUUCCAUUUCACACCUCUCCUGCCCUUCCUCCUCUCCCCUCUCCCAAUCCUUCACAUGUCCCCCUUGCUCCAACCCUAAUUUCUCUUUCUUCAGUCUCGCCGAUGAGAAUCCCCAAGGAUCUAUCCUCGACGCCGCCGCCGGUGAGAACAACGACGACAAGACGUCGACGAAGACGAGGGUUAUAAACAAGGAAGCUUCCAAAGCGCUUCUAGCUGCUGCUAAGAUCGCCGCCGUAUCCAUGACCAAAGCUGCCGCCGUUGCUAAAUUGGAGGCUGAGCGGAGAGUCAAAGAAGCCACUUUGGCGAAGAAGAGAGCCAAAGAGGCUCUCGAGAGACUCGCCUUGUUAGUCCGUAAGGACAAUGAUAGACAUAAGUCGUCACUUAUAAGCACUCCCAAAUCUGCCGCCGCCGCCGCCGCCGCUGCCGCCACCAAAACCAACUCUUUGUCUCUUCCAUCUCAUGUUCCUGAAAAGGGGAAUAAUAGGUCGUGUUCUGUUUCCGCUGCUAAUGUUCCCAAGUUGCAGCGUCAACAUAGCACUCAUGGUAUGCUUAAUUGACCCAUUGGCGAUUCCAACAAUCUCUGUAAACUGUUUUGUUUUUUGUUGGUAUUUUUAGGCUGAUGUUUAUGGAACCAUAUGUUUAAUCUUUUUAGAGAAUAGCCUGUUUAUUUGGACUCAGCUCUUUGUUUGCAUUCAAUUGUAGCUUUCUCUUCUGCCCUGUAUGUAUUUUCAUGAGUUCAUUGUUUAUGCUCAUUUGCUUCCUUGCUUAUUUUGUUCUCUUUAAUUUCAUUUUGAACCCUUCUUAUGCCCACAAAUCCAAAAUU